CCAACCGGAGGGUGUCUGUGACAGGGAGCUUGCAACACCGCUUCACGGAGCUCGCAGCUCGUCAUUGGAUGCAAUUCACCAAGCCGACACGCAGAAAUCUGUCAUUGCUCCAACUAACUGACCCACACCGCCUAAUGCAAGGAGUGUGAUCUGAAAUAUCCGUCCGUAUCCUGUGAGAAUGGCGACGACACCGAGUUCGGGUGGUGAGUGGAAGAAGCGCUCCGUGGUAUCUUCCUUCCUCAUGAAAAUUGAUGAUGAACAACGCCCCCGCAUCGCACUCUUUCAGCGCAGCGACGAGGUCUCGACGUACCAACACCAUCUGGCCCCGAUAUCAGGAACAAUCGACCCGGCCCUCGACCCCUCCCCAGUCUCGGCCGCAUGGCGCGAGAUCAAGGAAGAAACCACGCUCACACCAACCUCCCUAGUCCUCCUCCGCCAAGGAAAGCCCUACAGCUUCAAAGACCCAUCCAUCCGGCGCGAAUGGACCGUCCACCCCUUCUUGUUCCAACUCAAGAACCCCGCCACAGACGAGCAGAAGAUCCAGAUCGACUGGGAGCACGAAGACUGGACGUGGCACGACCCGGACGCCAUCAUCCGGGAAGCGGAUGGGGACGGGAACUACCCAGGAAGCGUGCCGCGGCUGGCGCAGAGUUUGCGGCGGGUGUGGUUCGAGACAGACCUCGGCCCCGCGGGGGCGGGCAAGGUCCUUUCCGUGGGGCUUGAGGCCCUGGCACGGGAUCACGAGAGUGGUGCCCGCCAGAUGGCGGGUGCGGCCCUGCAGACGCUGAGGGGAGUUCUAGCGGAGAUGAAUGGCCCUGGCGAGAACGGGUUGGCCGAAGAGUGGUGGGAGAAGGUGCGGUUUGCGGCGUGGCAUUUGUGGAAGAAUGGACGGGAAAGUAUGGGCGCCGCCAUCAUGAGCGCGCUUCUGGCUGCGCUCGCGGGCAUUGAGCAGGUGAUGAUGCAGAAGAGUUCCGAGCCGGGUCCACUACGCGGUGCCGUUCUCCGCGAAUUGGACGAACGCAUUGCAGCACGCCAGGAAGCAGCAAAGCGCAUCUCACAAGCCUUCACCGCUUAUCUCGAGACGAGCUUCCCGUCUAAGCGAGCUGCACACGAGCCAAUUUCCAUCCUAACCCUCUCCGAGAGCUCAACCAUCCGUCAGGGCCUCCGUGAUGCGGCGCUCGAGGCGGGGUUUGUGCUCGACCUCCGCGUGCUCGAGUCCCGCCCGCUGUAUGAGGGUCUCUCUCUGGCUGCGUCCUUGGCCGAAGAUCUCAGCAGUACUACUAGUAGUGGUCCGUCAUCCGCUGAGGCAGAGCACACAAUAAUCAUCUAUUCCGACGCCUCCGCCGCCCUCGCAGCUUCGGACAUCGACGUCGUCCUUCUCGGCGCCGACCGCAUUUCCGCCUCAGGCGACGUCAGCAACAAGACCGGGUCGCUCCCGGCCGUGCUCAGCGCAAAGCAUGUCUGCCCGGGGGCCAAGGUUUUCGUGCUGGGCGAAUCCGACAAGAUCGCCCCCCCGGGCCGGCGAGAAGACCACAUCGUGGAGGAUAACGAUCCGUCACAGAUCAGCCGGGCCUGGCAGGCCGAGUACAAUAGCGGACGGGUCCGAGGUGCAGCCGCCGCGAUCCGGAAUUCGAGCAGCAGAGACGGCAGGGUCAAGAUCGAGAUCCGCAACAUCUUCUUCGAGUGGGUUCCUGCCGGUCUGGUCGAUGCAUACGUCACCCAGUCUGGGUUGUGGACGGUGCAGCAGAUCGCACAACAUUCCGAGAAGCUGCAAGCCGAGCAGGAACGGUUUUUUGGGAGUUUGUAAUAAUGAUAUAGCGAAGAUUGGUCCCUUUCAUCUUGCCAGUAACCCCGAAGCCAGACACACAAAAAUAAAGCGUAGCUCAUGAAAAG